AUGGACACCACUGAAGAAUUGAGAAGGAAACUCCAGAAGCUAGAGGAAAAAAAUUUGGAAUUAACCAAUCAACGCAAUCGAGAUAUGUCUUGCUAUGAAAAAGAAAUAAUGAAAUUAAGGUUGGAACUCGAGAGAGGAGAGGCUCUUCAUCGAGUUCUGGAGAGUGAAAUGUCCUUUGCUAGAAAAGAGGCUCAUAUGCAGAUGUAUUCUGCAGAGGAUGAGCUGUGUGAUGUAAAAGCCAAGCUUUUGGAACUGCAAGUACUCAAUGACAAAUAUCGGCAAAAAGUAGCAGAGAUUAAAAAUAUGUUUCAAAGUGCUCAGUGGCAGUGGGAAGAACAACAAUUUGCAGUGGAGAGAGAUAACAUCUGCAGAGUAUACCUAGCUGAAAUGGAAUUCCUAAUUAAAGAAAAAACUCAAAUGGAAAAGGCUUGUCAGGAAACAAAUGCUGUCCUGCAAAACCCACUCAGAAAGUUGAGGGCUAUGGAGGUAGAGCACCAUGGCUGCAGCGAGAUCCUGAGGCUCCAGGCCGAUCAUCUGGAUCUGAAGGAUAGACAGAAGGAGAGACUCGUCAGAGAGCUGGAGAUAUCUCAGCUAGAAUAUAUUUGCAAGCGCAAGACUGACACUGUGAAUGACCUUCAGCAGAACCAGGAGGAUGCUUUUGCAAAAAUGUCUGAACAGUUAAAAGCACAGGAGCAUUGCUGGCAGAAAGAAAAGAAAUAUCUUGAAUACCAGUACUCAAAUCUCCUUGCAGAAGUUCAUGCAAGAGCACAGGAAUGUGAAGAAACAGCACAGAAAAGCAGGCAAAAACUGUAUGGCCUUGAACAAAUCUGUGAGAAACUGGCCCACGAGAACAAUUCUGUGAGAAAUACAUUAUCACAUGCUCACAAGGAGUGCUCAUCUCUGCUGGCAGCCUGUGCACUGCUGUCAGGGGCCCUGUGUCCUCUCUACGGUGACUGUGCACUGUCUUCCCAAAGACACUUUCUCCAGGACCAGGCAAACCUCCACGAAUUAGUGAACCAGAAGAUCAGGAGCCUCCUUUAUGCUCUGCCUCCUAACAUGGAAAACAAUCAAGACAAAGAAAGGCUGAGGCAGAGAAGAGCCAAACAUCUGAUUUAUGUGUUCCGAAGAGCUGUGAUUGCAGUUCUGGCCACUAACAGGCUUAGACUCCUGGCCCAAUGUUCUUACUCCCUUUUUGUCUGGACAGAUGGCUCAAGAGGAAGCACUAGAAUUCAAGUUUGUGUGGGAGAAUCCAGAGGCAGGUGUCAUCUGUCAUGUUUUGAAGAUGAAGGAGUUGACUGUAUUGAAGCUCUUGACUGGUUGACUAGCUCUAACCUCUAUGCUGCAAUAAUCAGUUCCUUCUCUGAACUGCAGGAUGUUCUCAGCAAACCAGACACAAAAUCUUGGCUUUCUGGACACUCACUUAUCAAUGCAGCCAGGAACUCCUUUGCAAAACUGAUGGACAAUCGGAGUGUAUUGAUGGAGACACUUCAAGGGAAACCUUGCGGGUGCAGAGCUUACCUGGAGAAGGACUCCCUGAUACAGGGGCUGGCUUGUGGACUCCACAGAGUAAAUGCCCAGGCCCUGGGAACUGGAUUGUAUGACAGACUGCCCAGCACGAGAAACAUAGCAAUCUUGCAGCAAGAAAUAUUUGAAUUUUCACGAAAGCCUCAUACAGCAGAGGUAGAGGCCCGCUCACUGUUCCUGCAGCUUGCAGAAUUCAAAUGGACUUUCAAUGAGAUGCAGAAAGAAGUUGAAAAAGCCCACUGACUGCAAGAGCAAUUAAAUGAACUUCAGCAUAAAAUAAUCACCCAAGACAAUAUACAUGAGGAAUUAGAAAAUUCUUUGCAGCGUGAGAGUGAGGCAAGGUUGCUUUUACAAGAACAUGAGCGAUGGCUUCAGGAGUUAAGUAGUAGACUAGAAUUGCAAACAAGUGUCGACACAGAUAGAAGGCAAAACUCAAAUGUAUCUCUGAUGAGCCUCUCUGAUGCAAUGGAGGAGAUGAGGAGAAGAGGCCGAGUUCUGAAUCACCAGAAGAAACUCCUGAAAGACAUGGAGCAGGACUGGCAGCAGCUGCGGGAGGCUCUCCAAGAGGCAGAAGAUGCCCUCCAACAGGCAGCAAAAGACAAAGAGUUGAUCAUUAAUCAUAUGAAAGCUGUGGAUGCUGCCCUGAACGAGUUCAGAGACCAGGCCAUGGCAUCAGGUGCUGCAGCAGCCACACUGCUCCCCAGCCUACAGCUGGAGACCCUUUCAGAGGAAGCAAUGAGGGGCAGGCCAGAGGCUACAGCAUUCCAGCAUGUCCUUAUAAGUUUUAUGGAUCUCUACUCACUGGCAGCUGCCAGAGCUGAAGCAUUACCAAUAGGAAGAGAAUCUUUAUGCGUGCACUUGGAACCUGAAGCAGCUCUUAUGCCUCCUGCUGCUGCUGCUGAUGCAAGCUGGGGAGAGCCUAGACACAGAACCUACAUUGCAUCUGGAACCGACACAACCUACAGUGGGAUAUCCUACAGAACCUACUCUGUGUCUGGAACCGACAUACCCUCUGGUGUGUCACCCUGCAGAGCCUAUAAUCCUUUCGGCUUCCAUUUGUACCCCGAGGAGCCAGUACACCUCGUGGUCCUGCUCCUGAUGAAUCUUUUCAGCUUCAUUUUAUACCCCAAGGAGCCAGUACACCUCGUGGUCCUGUUCCUGAUGCCUCAACUCCAGAUAGCCAAAGGAGGGAGACCAAAGCUGCAGCAGCCCAACCUCUUCUCGCUUCAGCUGCGGGACUUCCUGAGCUGCUGCCUGCAGACUGACGAGGCUCGGCGCUGGUCUGCCAUGGAGCUCCUGCAGGACAACUACUCAGGCAAGACCUUCAAAGCAGCAAUUGUAGCAAUUCCUACCCAAGGCGAUGCUCUGGCGCACCUGGCGCAGGUGACCCUUGGGCCCGAGGAGGGACCGAUGCUCUGA